GAUUGACUGUGUCCGACUUGAGCGAACCAUUCGUAAACCAUCAGUUUGUUGUUACUAAUCAUGGCGGCGUUUCCUGCACUUCUCUCUAACCUACGUAUUAAGAAUAUCUACAAAUCUGUUUAUAGCACAUUUAGCAUUAUUUCAGAGAAAGCUUCUUUUUCAAAAGAAUAUAGACAACUGAGCUCUGAUGCAAACAGGAAAGUUACAUUAAUACCUGGAGAUGGAAUCGGGCCUGAGAUUUCAAAAGCAGUGCAAAAGAUUUUUACAGCAGCCAAGGCACCUAUAGAGUGGGAAAUAGUUGAUGUAACUCCAGUCAUUGGACUUAAUGGCAAAACGCAAAUCCCUACUGCAGCAAUUGAAUCUGUAAAUAAAAACAAAAUCGGUUUAAAAGGUCCACUUGAAACUCCUAUAGGUAAAGGACAUGUUUCUUUAAACUUAACAUUAAGAAGAACAUUUAAUUUAUAUGCAAAUGUCAGACCAUGUCGCUCUAUAGAAGGAUUUAAAACAGCUUAUAGUAAUGUUGAUAUAAUUACCAUCAGAGAAAAUACUGAAGGAGAAUACAGUGGAAUAGAACAUGAGGUAGUUGAUGGAGUUGUUCAAAGUAUAAAACUGAUAACACGUACAGCAUCUGAACGAAUUGCAAAUUUUGCCUUCGAUUUUGCUCGUGCUAAUAACCGCAAGACGGUGACAGCUGUGCAUAAAGCCAACAUAAUGAGACUUUCAGAUGGUUUAUUUUUGCAGUGCUGUCGAGAAGCAUCACAAGUAAAUCCAGAUAUCAAAUAUCAAGAAGUUUUUCUUGAUACAACCUGUUUAAAUAUGGUCAACAAUCCUACUCAAUUCGAUCUUUUAGUCAUGCCUAACCUUUAUGGAGACAUAUUGAGUGACUUAUGUGCUGGAUUAAUUGGUGGGCUUGGAUUAACUCCUAGUGCAAAUAUUGGAAUGAAUGGUGUUGCUGUUUUUGAAGCUGUUCAUGGUACAGCUCCCGAUAUAGCAGGCCAAGAUAAAGCAAAUCCAACUGCUCUUCUGUUAAGUGCUGUAAUGAUGUUACGUCAUAUGGAUUUAAAAAACUAUGCUGACACUAUUGAAGCUGCUUGUUUUAAAACAAUAGCAGAAGGAAAAGUAACAACUCGUGAUUUAGGAGGUAAGUCUUCGUGUUCUGAGUACACCAAUGAAAUUAUCCGAAACAUGAAGUCUGCUUGAAUGUUUUAAAUUAUUGUUAACCUAUAAUAUAGUUGUAGAUAUUUGACGUCGAGAUAUUAACGAAAUAUAUAAAUUGUAAAAUUAA